CCAGACACAGUGCCGUCGUCGCCGCCGGCACACUAUCAUCUCUCAGUCUCUCUCUCGCUUAGAUUUUCAUUGCAAUGGCGUCUUCGAGUAUCACAAGCCCUAAUCUCACUUCACCAUCUUUCGGUAUACCUUCAAAUCCCGCAUUCUAUCUCUCACCAUUGUCAUCUCUGCAUCUCCGAACAUACCACCACCGUCCCGUCUCCCUUAUAACCGCCGGAAAAUUUCGUCUCUCUUGCUCCCUCUCUGAUUCUUCUUCUCCUCAUCUACCACCUCAUUCUCCUCGCCGUCGUCCCGAAUACACGCCUAACCGAAUCUCCGAUCCCAAUUACGUCCGAGUCUUCGACACGACUCUCCGAGACGGAGAACAGUCUCCCGGAGCUACGUUAACCUCCAAGGAAAAGCUCGACAUCGCUCGUCAAUUAGCCAAGCUCGGAGUCGACAUAAUCGAAGCCGGUUUUCCCGCUGCUUCGAAAGACGAUUUCGAAGCUGUGAAGACCAUAGCGGAGACUGUUGGCAACACCGUCGACGAAAAUGGAUACGUCCCUGUGAUCUGUGGGCUCUCGAGGUGUAACAAGAAAGAUAUCGAGACGGCUUGGGAAGCUGUCAAGUACGCUAAACGGCCUAGGAUCCACACGUUUAUAGCUACUAGCGACAUUCAUCUGAAGUAUAAGCUGAAGAAGAGCAAAGAGGAAGUUAUCGAGAUCGCUAGGAAUAUGGUUAGAUUCGCCAGGAGCUUGGGUUGCCAAGAUGUUGAAUUUAGUCCAGAAGAUGCCGGAAGAUCGGAGAGAGAGUACUUGUACGAGAUUCUUGGUGAGGUGAUCAAAGCUGGAGCAACAACUCUCAACAUACCUGAUACUGUUGGUAUAACCUUGCCUAGUGAGUUUGGUCAGUUGAUUGCUGAUAUUAAAGCCAAUACUCCUGGGAACCAAAAUGUUAUCAUCUCUACACAUUGUCAGAAUGAUCUUGGACUCUCAACCGCCAACACUUUAGCUGGUGCACAUUCAGGUGCAAGGCAAGUGGAAGUGACGAUCAAUGGAAUUGGCGAAAGAGCUGGAAACGCUUCAUUAGAAGAGGUUGUGAUGGCCAUAAAAUGCCGUGGGGAUCAUGUAUUAGGAGGCCUAUAUACUGGAAUUGAUACUCGGCACAUUGUUAUGACAAGCAAGAUGGUUGAAGAGUACACUGGUAUGCAAACGCAGCCCCAUAAGGCUAUUGUAGGAGCGAACGCCUUUGCGCAUGAAAGUGGUAUUCAUCAGGAUGGAAUGCUGAAGCACAAGGGUACAUAUGAAAUCAUGUGCCCUGAAGAGAUCGGACUUGAGCGAUCGAAUGAAGCUGGCAUUGUGUUGGGGAAGCUUAGUGGUCGUCACGCACUUAGAGACCGUUUGAAUGAGCUCGGUUAUGAAUUGAAUGAUGAGCAGCUAAGUAACCUUUUCUGGCGUUUCAAAACUGUGGCUGAGCAAAAAAAGAGAGUGACCGAUGCUGACUUGAUAGCUUUAGUAUCUGAUGAAGUUUUUCAGCCAGAAGCCGUGUGGAAACUCCUGGACAUGCAGAUAACUUGUGGAACUCUCGGUCUCUCAACAUCAACCGUAAAACUUGCUGAUUCCGAUGGCAAAGAGCAUGUAGCUUGUUCUAUUGGAACUGGACCUGUAGAUGCAGCUUACAAGGCAGUCGAUCUUAUCGUUAAGGAACCAGCGACUCUCCUUGAGUACUCGAUGAAUGCAGUAACAGAAGGCAUUGAUGCUAUUGCAACCACUCGGGUUCUAAUCCGCGGAGACAACAACUACUCAUCAACAAACGCAGUCACCGGUGAAUCUGUCCAAAGAACUUUUAGUGGAGCUGGAGCAGGAAUGGACAUUGUUGUGUCGAGUGUUAAAGCUUAUGUUGGAGCUUUGAACAAAAUGUUGGGUUUCAAAGAACGCUCCUUCUCCACUCUAAGUAAAACCACUUUGGAGACCAACAAAGUACCUGCCUGAGACAACCUGCAGCAAGUCUCAGAUCAUUCACAAUUUAGGUUCUACUUUUCAAUUGGCCAUUAGAUGAGUACAAGAUUCUUUAUUUUAUCACCGUUCCUUAAAGGAAUGGUUUUGUAUGUAUAAAAAGAAGCUGGAUUUUGUUAAACCUGAGACUUGGUUUAAAACUGAAACAGAAAAAAACAACUUUUUCUAUAAAUA